AUGCAUUUUGACGGCGCGGACGAGGACUUCGAGCCGCGUAAAAGACGUCGCUGUCGCACGUCCAAGAAGAAGCGGCUGAGGUUGAAACAGCGCACGAGUCUCGAGCCGAACGAGCAGCAGCCCGAAAGGCACCAGAGCGAAAAUAACCAGCAGCUCGCGGACAAGACGCGAGAACAGAGUGAAACCCAAGAAACGGAACCGUCUCAAGCUCCAGAUACCCAAGAGAGCAAGCCACAAAGACAGCAAGAGCACCCUGAACCAGUUGAAGAUAAACCUGAACACGAACAUGGCGAUAGCGAUAACAAUGACGAUGACGAUGACGAUGACGAUGACGAUGGCGAUGACGAGGAGAUGACGGAGUAUGAGCGCAAACGCCGCACGAAUAUCUUACGCAACCAGGUGCUGAGUGUCGGGUGCCGCCGUGCGCUGGUCGCUACGGACCGUUCUCGGGCUUUUUCUUCGCGCAGCUCCCUCCCGGAUGGCUUCAGGAGUCCCCAGGCAGUUGCAGACGCAGUUGCAGCCGCGUUGGCGGCCGAGAACGACCCCGACGGCCUCGCCAGACGCAGCAAGGGCCAAGCGCCAACGGAUCCCAACGCCGCAGCCAGACUGGAGCGCCGCCGCUUGGACGGAGACGUGAUCGCCACGCAGAGCAUCUCCGUGCAGCAGCUAAUGCACCCGAAGAACACUCCGGACUGGCAGCUGAUCAAGCCCGAGCACUUCGAGAAGGUGCCGACCCCCAAGGACUGGCACGAAGGGCUCGAGCAGCUGCAGAAGCGCAUCGGCGUGCAGUUCCAGGACGUGACGCUGCUGAAGAGCGCGCUGACGCACCACGGCUGUUUGCCCAUGAACCCCGUGCCCGAGGACAUCCCCGUGGUGCGACUGUCGAACCGCAGUCUGGAGUUCCUUGGGGACUCGCUGCUCGGAGCGGCGGCGGCUGCGUAUGUCUAUCAGAUGCUGCCGAGGCACCAAGAGGGGCAGCUCUCGCGCGCCAAGUCGGCCCUGGUGAAGAAUGAGACGCUGUCGACUAUUAGCAAGGAGCUGGGCAUCACGGAUCUCCUGCUGUGGCCGAUCGAGUUCAAGGAGGCGAGAGCAGCACCGUUCAUCGUCAAGGGGCGGGUCACCAUUGCAGCGGGCGCGGUUGAGUCGCUGAUCGGAGCUAUCUAUCUAGAUCAGGGCAUGGAGACAGCGAUGAACUUCGUGGCGACGCAGAUUCUUCCUCGUUCGGUAGAGUACGCGACUCGCGACGUCAUUUGGGAGCCCAUUGUCGAGCUGCAGAACCUGCUGCAAGGCCACUACUAUGGCACACCUGUUUUCAAAUAUCUGCCAGCUCCAGUGAACUCUGGCAAGUACACCGUCGAACUCUACGUCAAAGGAAGGCCCAUUCUGAAAGCCACCGGAGCCUCGUACAAACUGGCCCGCGGUCGUGCAGCAGAGGCUGCUUACUGGCAUUUCGAGAAGCUACUCGGCCCCGUACCAUAA